CUUGAAAAGGGCAGGCAAUAGGACCAAGCAGAGACUACAAGUAGUAUGUAUUGUUUUGCUUCCUGGUGAGGAAAGUGAGUAAUUGUUUCCCCUCCACUGUGCUUGACACCAGGAAAGCAGAGGAAGCCAGAGUGGACUCCAGAAGAGAAAGAAACUGUAUAAUGAAUAGUGACUCACACGCUCUGCAGUUUAUCUUUUUUAAACUGUAUCAGUGCAGUGUAGAGAAACCAGUGAUUAACCAAAGAUCGCUCACGGCAGCACCAUGGCCUCGUGACACGUGCCACAUCAAGUAACUCACUGACCUUCUCUGAGACUGGAGUUUGAACUCCGAUAUAUAACCCUUCAGGUGGACCAUCAUUCUGCAGGCAAGUAGCUUUGCUGUUGCCACUUUUGAGCAUGGAAAGCAUGGCAUUGCAUCGUGUGUGUGGAAUAUUUGUAAUCCUCAGUGUAUGUUUCAUUUCCAUCACACCACCUUGUGAUGGAGGAAACAUUCUGGUGUUCCCUGUGGACGGCAGCCACUGGAUCAAUAUGAAGAUCCUCAUGGAAGAACUUCAUGCCAGGGGACACAACCUCACUGUGAUUAGGGCCUCCACCACCUGGUACAUCCCAGAAAAGUCUCCUCUCUACACAUCCAUUACCAUUGAAAUUAAUGCAGGUUUUGAGGACUUCUUUGAUAUCUACCUACAGGAGCAUAUGAAGGCGCAGAGAGAAGGGGCCUCAGCACUUACUUUCUUCAAACUCACCAAGCAGUUCCUCGCUAUGAUUUCUGAGGCUCAUAAAAUUUGGGCUGAUGCUCUCACUCAAGUCUUUGAUGAUGAAAAUAUGAUCAAAAACUUAAAGGAUUCCCAAUAUGAUCUUGUUCUCACUGACCCAGCUAUAGCACCAGGGGUUGUACUAGCUAAGUAUCUCAAACUGCCUGUUGUGCUCAACGUUCGCUGGAUUACCAGCGGAGAAGGCCACUUCACCAUGGCCCCCUCACCGCUCUCUUACAUCCCUGUCCCAGGAUCGGGCUUAACAGACAAAAUGAAUUUCAUCCAGAGGGUCAAGAACAUGCUCUUCUACAGCAUUAUAGUUGUCCAGCAGAAAUUCCUGGUGGGGCCGAGCUAUGAUGCCAUCUGUGCUAAAUACAUUGAGGGUGGAUGCGACAUUAUCUCGCUUCUUCAGGAAGCAGACAUUUGGCUGUUCAGGUCAGAUUUUGUGUUUGAAUUCCCUCGGCCCACAAUGCCAAAUAUUGUCUACAUAGGAGGGUUCCAGUGCAAACCUGCCCAACCGCUGCCAGCAGAUCUGGAGGAGUUUGUUCAGAGUGCUGGGGAGCACGGAGUCAUCAUCAUGACUCUGGGAACUUUGGUGAACGCGUUGCCCAAAGACCUUGCAGAUGAAAUCGCUGGUGUCUUUGCCAAGAUGCCUCAGAAGGUGAUAUGGAGGCACAAAGGGGAGCGUCCGUCUACUCUGGGCAACAACACCCUGAUAGUGGACUGGAUGCCACAGAGGGACCUCCUGGGCCACCCGCAGAUCAAAGUCUUUGUAGCUCACGGAGGAACCAACGGAGUCCAGGAGGCCAUUUACCACGGGGUCCCUGUGCUCGGCUUACCCUUGUUCUUUGACCAGUACGACAACCUUCUACGUCUGCAGGAGAGAGGAGCCGCGAAGAUCAUUGAGCUAAUUGAUGUUAAUGGCCACAGUUUUGAGCAAGGUAUUAAAGAAGUGCUCCAUCAAGACAGCUACAGACAGAACAUACAAAGACUGUCCCGCUUGCACAGAGAUCAGCUGAUGGCUCCCAUGGAUCAGGCCAUCUUCUGGGUGGAAUAUGUGAUGCGGCAUAAAGGGGCUCCUCACCUGCGUACAGAGGCCUAUAAGAUGCCCUGGUACUCGUACUACUGCUUGGAUGUACUGCUGCUAUUGCUGACUGUAGUGACUGUACUGCUGCUCUCUACUUUGGCCUUUUUCAGAUUCCUAUGCUGCAGAGGUAGAAGGACGACCAAAGCCAAACAACACUGAUUAAGGUUAAAUUUGUUUAGAAGUAUGCUACAAUAAAUUCUCUAAAACACUGUAUUUAGACAAAAAUAUACAUCUCAAGGUAUCUCAUUUAUAUCUAUUUAUUAUUUAUGGAGUUAAAUGAAAAUUAGUCAGUUUAUUUAGCCAUAUUAAAUUUAGAUAUGGUUAAAGAAAUGUAACCAUUUAAUUGUUUCAACAUUGAUUGUCAAACGUAUUUAGAGAGAUCUAAAUUUCAGUCAUAAAAUACCCACAAAUCAUUUGUGAUAGUCUGAUCUUGGGAUAGUCAUUGUCAAGUGCACAUAAUAGACUUUAUAAAAAUGGAUAUAAGCAAUGCUGUGCAUGACCAUACAAAAGUUCAUUGAACAUGUUCAUAUUUUUGGUGAACUAUGACCUGAAUGCAUUACUUUGCAACUUAUGAAUCUGAAUUCGAGCAUCAGUUAAUGGCACUCAUUUUACAGCACCCAAGGAUGGUGACACGACACCGGCAUGGCUAGUACUAAUGUAUGGGGCUAUUAUGGUAGCGAAAUAGCUGCAAAUGUGUAUCUCAAUCUGUGUGUGCGUAAUCAGAUUUGUACAUGUGUAAAAUAAUUUGUAAAAGCGUAAUAAAGUUUGUGAAUGCGUACAAAAAUCUGCAAAUGUGUAUUUAGAAUCUGUGUGUGCGUAAUCAGAUAUGUAAAUGUGUAAAAAAAUCUACAAAUCUGUAUUCAGAUUUGCAAGUGUAUUGCGAUCUGUAAAUCUGUACAACGAUCUGUAAAUGUGUACACAGAUCUGUAAAUCUGUACAACGAUCUGUAAAUGUGUACACAGAUCUGCAAAUGUGUACAGAGAUCUGUAAAUCUGUACACAGAUCUGCAAAUGCGUACAGAGAUCUGUAAAUCUGUACAACGAUCUGUAAAUGCGUACAGAGAUCUGUAAAUAUGUCCUUUACUACGCUUUUACAAAUUAUUUUACACAUGUACAAAUCUGAUUACGCACACACAGAUUGAGAUACACAUUUGCAGCUAUUUUGCUACCAUAAUGGCCCCAUACUAAUGGCAGUUAAGACAACUCAGCUGCCUGUACCACUGAAGCCAGUUCAUGUGGACAUCUGAAAGACUUUUAUGAACAACUCUGUACAGAUUCCAAUGGAAAAAAAUCACUCAUUUAUAUGUAAAUUGUGCCUACCCAGUUUGAAAAUACAAGCCCAAACAUCAGUCAACAUUGGACCAGUCUUGGGAAAUAUCUGUGGAUGAAUGAUAAUCACAAGAAAUCAUUAACAAAGACCACAAUUCAACAGCCAUAAAGUUCCCCCACCCUCCGCCCAAGUCAAACUCACGGCAUUUUUGUAAAUGACCUGGUCGUUUUUUCCCAUAGUUGCUUUGUCUAAAUCGUGUGCUGUGCAGAACUUAAAUCCCAACACAUCUAUAGUGACUAAUUGCCAGUGACUGCUGUUGAUGGAGCCUGUACCAGCUCAUUUGGAAGCAUAUGAAUUUUAUAUUUUAUGUUUUUGUACUGCUACAUAAUUUGGUUCAUGCAGGUUAAAUAAAAUUGCAUUUA